AUGGACGAGAGUCGGUCGGCACGUCCUCUGUCGCUGGAACGAGAAGCCGAUGCCACCGGACCAGUUUCAUUUUCAAUGCACAGUUCAGACGUGAACAUGCAGAGCCGUAGGGCUCUUCUGCGCGAAAGGCACACGCUGUCGCUCGCCAAGACGUUUAGCUCUUCUGCUCGUUCCGGAGACGCGCUGCUGAGACCAAGGUGCCGUCCAGAAGCGCCAAAGCGGCGUCGAGAAGCACCAACGCGAUGCACGCCAAUGCUUGGAAGCCGGAACAUAUCCCACUUCGCUUGCGAACAAUGUUCAUGCACUCAGACUCUCCCACCCACACGAUCCCUGCGAAAUCGAUGCACCAGCGUUGCCGAGGCGUCGUUGUCGACAGAGUUAUAG